GGGCAGCCGAUACAAUCAAUAAUAACAAAAACCCGAUGACAUGGAACGAUUGGUGGCUUAGUUAAAUACAUUUGGAAGCUAUUAUUGAGUCGAUUUCUAAAUUCACACAGGACCAGACUAUGUAAAUACAGCGUAACGCAACAGAAAGCAGCAACCGUACCGUGCUCUUUUAACCAAGAAACAUUGUCACUUAGGACGCCGGGGCAUAGUGUUAUACACUGGAAUAGGAUAAUCAAAUAUCUAAAAAAGAAAACCUGAGAUGGCCGACGAACUGUCAGAAGAGCAGAUAGCAGAAUUUAAGGAAGCUUUUAGUCUUUUUGACAAAGACGGCGAUGGAACCAUAUGCUCCAAAGAACUCGGUACCGUAAUGCGGUCUCUAGGUCAGAAUCCAACCGAGGCUGAACUCCAAGAUAUGAUCAACGAAGUCGACGCCGACGGCAAUGGGACAAUAGACUUUCCAGAAUUUUUGACAAUGAUGUCACGGAAAAUGAAAGACACCGACUCGGAAGAGGAAUUGCGGGAGGCCUUCCGAGUGUUCGAUAAAGACGGAAACGGGUUCAUCAGCGCGGCUGAAUUACGUCACGUGAUGACAAAUCUCGGGGAAAAACUCACAGACGAGGAAGUAGACGAAAUGAUACGGGAAGCGGAUAUAGAUGGCGACGGUCAAGUUAAUUAUGAAGAAUUCAAGGAAGCGUUCAGUUUAUUUGACAAGGAUGGGGACGGUACGAUCAGCAGUAAAGAACUAGGGACCGUGAUGAGGUCCUUGGGCCAAAACCCCACUGAAGCUGACCUCCAGGACAUGGUCAACGAGGUGGAUGCUGAUGGUAAUGGGACGAUAGACUUUCCUGAAUUCUUGACAAUGAUGGCGAGAAAGAUGAAAGACGAGGAUUCAGAAGAAGAACUACGAGAGGCAUUUAAAGUUUUUGAUAAAGACGGAAGUGGCGAUAUCAGUGCAGCCGAAUUACGUCACGUGAUGACAAGUCUCGGAGAAAAGCUAACGGACGAGGAAGUAGACGAGAUGAUACGAGAGGCAGACAUUGACGGUGACGGAAAAGUUAAUUAUGAAGAAUUUAAGGAGGCGUUUCGAUUGUUUGACAAAGACGGAUCUGGCACCAUAUCCAACGAUGAGUUAGGGACAGUGAUGAGGUCCCUGGGACAGAAUCCCUCGGACCAGGAACUGACAGACCUCGUGGAGGAGGUCGACAUAGACGGAAAUGGAGAAAUUGACUUUCAAGAGUUUCUCCUGAUGAUGGCAAAAAAGAUGAAUGCCGUAGACUCUGAGCAAGAAAUUCGAGAAGCUUUCAAAGUGUUCGACAAAGAGGGGUCAGGGUCAAUUAGUUCCGCGAAAUACAAUUUACAACACGAUGCGUUGACAGAGGAUCAAGUCGAGGAGUUUCGGGAGGCGUUCAGCCUGUUCGACAAAGAUGGCUCCGGGAACAUUUCCGGCGGUGAGUUGGCGUCAGUGAUGAGGUCCCUGGGUCAGAAUCCCACAAUGGCGGAGCUAGAGGAACUCAUCAACGAAGUGGAUCAAGAUGGUAAUGGGGAAAUAGACUUCAACGAGUUCCUUCAAAUGAUGUCAAAGAAGAUGAAGGAAACGGAUACCGAGGAUGAAAUACGCGAGGCGUUCCGAGUGUUCGAUGACAGCGGAACCGGGUCCAUUAGCUCCAAUCAGCUGUUCCUAAUCCUGACCACUAUGGGGGACAAGCCGCGACUGACGGACGAGGAAGCGAAAGAGGCAGUGAAAACGGCAGAUAUAGACGGAGACGGUGAUAUCAAUUACAUUGAAUUUAUAAAAGUGAUGACGGAAUAAUUUGAUAUCACAACAUAAC